CUGCGAACAGCAGAAGCGACUGAAGAGGAAAUAAUAAACAAGUACAUAUGUACGAAAGUAUGUAUAGAUGAAUGUGUCUAUGUUGGCGGCAAAAGGCAACUGCAAUACAACACAGCCAAGCGAGGUCCGUCUGCAGCAAAGCAGCGCUGUCCAAUCAGUCUGAACUCGGUUACCAACAACGAUGAAACAAACGGCAGCGCUUGAGUGGCUUACUAUCCGAAAUUAGUUGGAGUCGUCGUCGCGUAAAAAAAUAAUUGAUUUCAACAACAACAAUUUGCUUAAUUUGCAUGUAUACCUGCAAAAGAUAAGAAAUUUAGUAAUUUGUUUGUUGAAUGUGCAAAAAAAAGUUUUAAGGAGAUAUUUACCCAAAGCAAAUGCAAUGAAUUGUGAAAAGUGACAAAGUAAACGAAGGUUGGGUAUUUAUAUUUUUUUUUUACCUUUGGCAUGUGACUUUUAAUAAAAAAAAAACUAGUUCGAUAAAAGUAAAACAAAUCAUUGUGAAAACGUCUGUGUCCAUAUACUUGAAAUAUUCUAUAAAAAGUAAAUAACUAUUAAUCAAAUGUAUGCUGAGUUUAUAGAAACAUGUUUUAAAUGCAUACAUGCAUACCCAUUAUAAUAGGGUGAUCAGUGUGUGCCUUCAACAAAUUAUUGGGCAAUGCAGUCUCCGAAUAUGACUAUCGACAUGAGAUAGGAUGGGUAAUUUUCAGUACAUCGAACCAGAUGUUGACCAUGAGCAAUAUCCGCUGCACCGCAUCAUCAUCAGCAACACCGCAAAGCAAUCAAAGUAGUAUAAAUUCUCUGGAUCAUUGUCAGCAAUAGCAAUUACAACAACACAAUACCAGUAGUAGUAGUAGCAAUCAUGAGCACUCCGGCUAUGUGCAACAUUCAUGUGCGGUUUAUGUACCCGCUGACACUACCACCUCACAGCACGUUUAUGAGGCGUAUGACAAUGGUGCAACGGUGGCGUAUUAAAUAGCCGCGUCAUAUGGCUCGACUGGUACGGCAGAGUCGAUGAGUGGGGGCAGCCGAUAAGGAAUAAUUCGGUGAGUUUUCCGAAUGCGCUCGUGUUCAAAGAUGACGUCAAUGGUGGCAACUUGAAUGCGAGCUACGGUUAUAGUUGGCAAAUCAACAAUCAGUCGUAACACCCCAAACAGGCCACCACCACGGAAGAACUCACCGCCGCAUCAGCAAUCGCAGCAGCAACAUGACCAACCAACACAAUUAAAUCUGCAACUUUGUCCAUCUGCUGCAUCGACCGGUUAUAAUUCAAUGGCAGCGCAACUUAUAUUUUUGAAGCCAUUAACACCGCCCAGCUCAGAUCCCGGAAGUCCGGAUAGUUCAAUGGUAGCGGCAGCUAUUAUUUAUAAAUACAUAAAUGCAAUCUUUUCAUCUUUUUUUUAAAAAUGGUAUGAAAUAUUUUUUGAAGAAAUAAAGUGUCGAAAUUCGAUAGUUAGGUCGUUUCUCUUUUAUCUAAAUUAAAAAAUAAACAAUAAAUUUUACUUAUUGAUCAUAUCGGCUCACACGAGUAUACGGAAAUAACAUGUAAUUUUGAUAUUUAAAUUUUAUUUUAAUAAUUAUUUAUUUUAUUUGCAGAAUUUAGCAUUUUUUUUUUAGUUUACAAUAAUUAUGAUUAGUUUGGCAAUCGGAGCCGUAAUUUCGUUUAAAAUGCAAAAUUAGCAUUUCAGUUGGCGCCAGCUGUCAACAUUAGUGCAACAUUUAUUUGAUAUUUACAGUUUUUUUUCAAAUUAAUAUAAGAUUUAAGCUAUAAGCUAAGCUACCCAAUUAAGCUGCCCAAAAGUGACCACUUGUUGAAUUCAUAUUUUGUAUGUGCAACCAAGAAAAAAA